AUGGCAGACGUACAGCACAAAGAUCCCGUGGAAGAUGCGGCUUCUUCAACGGCGCCAAAGCGCAAAGCGCCAGACUCUCCCUCCAGCACUAUUAAUUUCACAUCGCGCAAUCCGCCCUGGACCUAUCUCAAGCUCCAGCUCGUUUCCCAGCCAGAUGCCACACCCUCCCAGCCCCUAGACGCUCUCUCCGCCCGCACCUACCUCUCCUCCGCUCUGUCUCAAUUCCUUGGGCUUACAGGUACUGCGAUUCCGAUCGAUAUCCUGAAAGUCGAGACUGGGUCCUUAUCUACCACCAAAGGCGCAAGCAAGCAUGAUGGUGUCUGGGUGCGCGUCCCGCGCGACGAUGGGGCAGCUGUUGUUGCUGCGCUUAGCUCGUGGAUCGGUGGGAGUGGCAGCGGGGCGAGCGCUGCUUGGAGAGUCUGCGCGAAGGGCAAUUACCUGGGCGCAUUGGUCUCUGGGUCUGGGAGUGACUUGUUUGUUCCCUAA